AUGAAAGUACUGCCUGAAAAUGGGACACAGUUAUGCAUCGUUCACCUUUCAGCCCCUGGCAUGGCUGUAUCCAUGCUCCUGAGGUACGAUGUCGUACUGAACCUGGAAAUGCUCCAUAUAAUUGGAAGCCCAUUAGCUAAAUCAAGAGGGCAGAAUGUGACCAUAUUUUAUUUUAAUAGGCUUGGCUAUUAUCCUUGGUACACAUCACAGGACGUCCCUGUUAAUGGUGGCCUACUCCAGAACUUCAGCUUGCAAACUCAUCUGGACAAAGCCGGUCAUGCCAUUAACUAUUACACCACAGCUAAGGACUUCACGGGCUGCGAGUACUGGAGACUUCAGUGGGCCUGCAACUGGGAUGCAAAAGAUGUCUACAGAAGAAAGUCCAGGAAACUCAUAACCAAAAUGGAAGGGAAUAUUUCAGCAAAUGAUGUUGAACAUUUAGUCAGACUUUCCUUUGAAGAAAGGGCAAAAGCUUUUAUGAAGGAAACAAUUGCAUUAGGAAUGAAAAGCAGACCUAAGGGCCUGUGGGGAUACUAUUUGCACUGUCACAAUUACAAUUUCUCUGAUCAGAACUACACUGGUUCCUACCAAAAGAGUGAAAUUUUGAAGAAGAAUUAAAUUCCUUGGCUCUGGGAUAGCAGUGCAGCCAUGUAUCUUUUCAUUGGCAUUAAGAUAUCCCUUGGAAACAGUCAAAACAUUUUGCACUUUUCUCAGUUUAGGAUGAAUGAAUCCAUAAGGACUUCCUCCAUGACAUCCCAAGAUUAUGCUUUGACCGUAUUUGUGUAUACGCAACUAGGUUUUGGAGAUCAACCUUUAUUAUUUCUCUCUAUGCAAGAUCUUAAUAAGACUAUUGGAGAGAGUGUCCUGGGAGCUGCAGGCAUUAUUUGGUGCGAUAUGAAUGUAACUUCUUCAGAGAGUAACUGCACAAAAGUGCAAAAAUCUGUUGAUUUGGAAUUAGAGCCCUACAGUAUCAAUGUCACAUCAGCAGCUGAGGUGCACAGCAGGCAUCUUUGUCAAGACAAUGGACAAUGUAUACAAAGAACCUGGAGAGCCUCGACAUACCUGCAUUUAAAUCCUAUGAGCUUCUGGAUAGAUGCCUUGAAGGACCAAGGAUUUAUUGUGAAAGCAGAAGAAUCAAAUGAAGAUCUGGAAAUAACGGCAGAGACAUUUGUCUGCCACUGUUAUCAGGGUUAUGAAUGAACUGACUGUGGGGAAGUUAAAGUUGCUGAUGACCAUCCAGGGAGCUCUGUAGACUCUGUCCCACCCAGAAGAUUUGCAGUGAUCGUCCUCCUUUCUUUGCCUUUGACAGGUCUUUUCUAA